AUGUGGAGGAAGCUUUUCAGGUGGUCGGAGAGUUCGGAGCCUACCAGAAACGAGCCGUGGCCGUCCUGGCUUUGACUCAGGCUUGAGUGUGUGUUUUUUGAGCGUUAAAAUGUGCCCCCCGGCCCAUCGGCUGCGCUCUGGCGCCGACACUGACGCACACUUUGAAUCCUUGCUUGAAUUUCUUCUUUGUUUUGAAAGUCAGCAAAAACUCAUUGAAGUCAAGUCAGCGUCCGCGUGGUUUCUUGCGCCUCUCUCCAAUAAAUGGUUAACUCGGAAUGAACGCCUCCUGCCCGAUGAUAGCUGAGAUAGGCUCCAGCACGCCCGCGACCCGCGUGAGGAGAAGCGGCUCAGAAGAUGGAUGGAAUGUCUUUGAAGUUGUCACGAGUAAGGUGCGGCCGCUCGAGGUCGCCUCAUUUGUUCAUCGACGCACACGAUAUUUGUAUAUGCGGCAUCUCAUCUUCCCAUUUGAUGACGUGAGGAGGAAUUCUUUUUCCCAGUCCUGAUGGAAAAAAUGGAAGUAUGUAUUUCUUUUUUGCCGGAGCAGAUCAAUUUGAGGAUACCUGUGAAGUUUGCAGGUGCACUAGCAGCGUAACCGUUUUAGGCUUUUCAAAAUAAAAUGAACAAAAUUAGUAAGAUUCAUAAUUGGUGUGCCAAUUUCACGAAGAACCGACUUGUGAAUGUCCAACCAACACGUAUUUAAAAUGAGAAGAAAUUAUAUCAUGAUAAUAGUUUUUAUUUCUAUCGCGAAGGGCGUGAAGAGCCCCCCGUCGAUGGCGAUCGACGUGUUGGGUACCUGUGGUAUGUGAGCGUAUUUCCAGCGUAUAGUGAGCGUCCGUGGAGUGUGGCCGUCUGUAUGUGUUCCAGGUGUAUAUGGCGUGUCAGUCCAUGUUGGUGGUUCUGGUGGGAGCAACUCCAGAGUUUCACGUGGAGAAGCACGACGGCCUCGUGUCCUCGGUCACAUUUUUCGGGGACGUGGACUCCAUCGUGACAGAGUGGCUCCUGGUCAAGCGGCAGGCCUACAAGGUCGGCUUAGCCGGAUCGCUCUUCUUCGCCGGCCUCCUGCUCGGGAGCUUCGUCUUCGGCCCGCUUUCCGACACCGUCGGCAGGAGACCCGUUUACCGGACGGCUCUGUUCUUGGAGGUGCUCCUGGGUUACGUGACGGCGGCGUCUCCCAGCUACGAGGUGUUCGCCGCGUCGCGCCUCCUGGUGGGUCUGAUGAACGGCGCCAUCGGGCUGGUCUGCUUCACCCUGACGCAGGAGUACGUGGGCAAGUCCUACUGGGCCACGACAGGGACGCUGACCAGCAUGAUGUUUGCGGUGGGCAUCGCCCUCUUCGCAGCUCUGGGUUUCGCCAUCCGGCCGUGGAGGACCCUGGCGGCGGCGGCCAACACUUGGGGGGUCCUCUGCUUCUUGCUGUCCGCAAUGCUUCCGGAGUCUCCUCGGUGGCUCUACUCUCGCAACCGCACCCGGCGGGCAGAGGAGGUCAGUCAAGGGGCUUUGGAGGGAAACUUAAGCCUGGUGAUGCGGCACGUGGCGCUGACGAACGGCCGACCCGCCCCCAACCUGACGCUGCGGCGGGCGGGCGGCGGCGGCUCGGCGGGCUUCCUGCAGCUGGCGAGCCAUCCUCUCCUCCGCCUCAGGACGCUGCUGCUCAUGUAUGUCUGGUAUGUGUGCAGUCUGGUGUAUUACGGCCUGACGCUGGGCGCCGGCGACAUGUCAGGAAGUCGUUACCUGAACGUGGCCAUGUACGGCCUGGUAGAGCUGCCCGCCUACCCGCUCUGCGUCUACUUUAUGAACAAACCCUGGGCCGGCCGGAGGAAAAGUUUGUCGGGUUUCUUAUGUUUGGCCGCAUCGGCGUGCCUCUGCACCGUCUUCGUCCCGGAGGAUGCAGGGUCGUCGCUGGGCGUGACGGCGUUGGCGCUGUUGGGAAAACUGACGGUCAGCGCGGCGUUCAACAUCGUCUACGUGUACACGUCAGAGCUGUACCCCACCGUGCUCAGGAACGCCGGUCUGGGAGUUUGCGCCAUGUCCUGCCGAGUCGGAGGAAUUCUCGCUCCGUUUGUUCCUUCCACGCGGGCGUUGGCCACAGCCAUGCCGUUCACCGUCUUCUGUUUGAGCGGCCUCUCCGCCGGAGGUCUGGCGCUCCUGCUGCCGGAGACACUGAACGCACCGCCGGCCCAGACGCUGGAAGAACUACUUCCCGGCCGCAGCAGAGUUCUGGAGAACAAGCGCCAGUUGUGGAGUUGUUUCUCCCUUACUUGUGAGCAAGCUCUGCAAUUGGAAUUCUGCCCAAAAGUCGUCUUUUUCAAGUCCACAGCGAGUUCGAGGGCCUCCCUCUUGCCACGCGCAUCCGUUGCGUUUCCCGGACACACAUUGAGCUAGCAAAGCGCCACAAUAAUGGCGGAAAACUCCCUCUCCUCUAUGAAGAUGACAAGUGACAACUUUGAAUCAAGUGUCAAAAGAAGCCACCAACGUCGUCCUCAAACUGGUGGUCUUCCUCGACGUGAGCGGGACCGGACGGGAGGUCGCAGAGACAACGUCACAAAAUUGCAAGAGCUUUUUUUUUGCAAUGCUGCCUUGGAUUGUUUCACGAUGAAACCUAUUUUUCUACAGUGAUAAUCAUUAUUCACGUGUUUGGAUAUGUUUAUAAAUGUUCUAUUUUUUCAUGAAAAGUUUGUUCUAUUCCUCAAUUAUGUUAAAUAUGUAGAAUGACAUUUGGAUGACGUCAAGUCCCUUCAAGAGAGCAUUUAGUGCUUCAUCCAUCUGGAACAUAAUGUAUAAAGUACAAAUAAUUAAAAGGGAAAAAAACACUCAAUUAGGGUGAAUUUUGGAAACAUACGCACUUUUCACAAUUUAAACAUCAUAUGUGAACCUUGAGGUUUUGAGGCCUGUACAUCACUACAGUGAU